UUUGGAAAAGAUAUUAUGAAGCCUCAUUCGUGACCGUUUGCUGUUAUGUUGUAGGAAGCCAAGCAUUUUAGAGCACCCACCCAUGCAUCCAAGCAACAGCAGUAUUGCUUGAAAGGAAACCAGUGAGCAUAGCACAGCUACCUACAAGAAGACAAGACAGAACGAAGACAAGGUAUACCAGGUAGCAACUGACCUGAAAGUCAAGCCUAAGCCAAGAACCAACCUAAGUCAAGAACAGGAACAUAAAUAUCUCAACAAGAAGAAGAAGAAGAAGAGCAAUCUACCUCUCCUUAUCUAUUAUACUCUCCUUAUCACUAUUAAUUAAAACGUCAAAAAGAUGGGCUGCAAGGAAUGUUUGGGUCGGUAUGGGCUAAUGGUGACGGCCGUGUGUUUUACACUGGGUGUGAUUGUGUCGACGUCCAGUCCAAGUUGGAUUUCUACCAGUGUGGAGAAUCCCGUGACAGGUGGAUCGUUGGUAAUUGAAUUUGGACCCUUUUAUUCGCGCAAUAAGACUUGCUCUUCGCUCACGUCCACUACUACAACCAGUAGUGAACCCGACUGCACCGACUGGAGUCAAGCCGGUAUUGAUACCGACGAUUGCAACAAUUUUGGUGUCACGGAUGCCACUGUUCUGGAAAAACUCUGUACCCAGCACAAUGCGUGGCGUGUCAUUGCCGAAUUCUGUCUCUUUAUUGUGGUCGGUACGGGAAUUCUCGUCAUUGUGGCCAUGUGCACACAGUGUAUUACGUGUGGUUGUUGCGGUGGCACAUUCGAUCAACUUGCCAUGAUUUUCUACUGGAUUGAAGUUAUUUUGUCGAUUGCCGCCUGGAGUCUCUGUAUCAGUGUCGUUUCCAUGUUGCGAGGAGAAGAUAUUCAAACCAUCCUUUUGGGAGAAUUUGAAAAUGUACAACAACUCGAAAACGUCGAAGGCAUUGUCGAUGGAAACUUUUUAUGGGGAUUCUGGUUGUUCCUAUUCAGUGGAACCGUCAUGGGAGCACUUUGUGCCAUCUUUGCCGAUUGGGCGGCCGAAGGAUCACUCCUCAGUUGUCUAUUCAGUUGUAUCUCUUCGACGUGUGCGUGCAUCUUUUGUUGCAAGAAAUAAGUAGUAAUGUGCAUACAUGCAUGCAUGCAUUCCACGGGUGUUCGGUCGGUGGUUCGUUCGUUCCAGGUAGAUUUUUUAUUUGUCUUAAACCAUACACAUUUUCACAC